AUGCCAAUAUAUCAGAGGUUCACACCAAGCGAAGAUAAAAAAUUAUUCAACCUUGUCAAUACAUAUGGGGAGCAGAAUUGGAAAGUUAUUGCUGAGAAGAUGAAUAGAACUAUUCGCCAAGUUAAAGAGAGAUACACGUUGUUUCUCUCUCCAAAAAUCAAUUCGAACAUUUGGACAGAUGAGAAAGAUGAACUGUUGAUGAAACUUGCAGAAAAACAUUACCCUCAUUGGAUGAUUAUUUCUUCUUAUUUUGAUGGCAGAAAUGACAUUCAAAUCAAAAAUAGAUACAAGAAGCUUAUUAAAAGGAAGAAUAGAAUCCAAAAGCAAGAGGCGAUUAAUACAUUUGAAGCAAAAAUCUCAGUUGUACCAGAAGAAAUCUUUGCGGCUGAGUUUAGCUAUCCUGACUAUAAUAAUGUAGUUAUUAAUGGCCAAAAGAAACAUGUUUAUUCCGGUUUAGAUUGGAAUAUUACGGAUGAUGAAAUUUAUGGUUAUUUCUUCGACUGUAAUAUUUUCGACUGUGUUGACUUUUGGGACAAAGUUUCUGAUUAA